CGACGCGAUGCUGGAACUUUGUGUUUGCUGUCGAGUAGCGAGCGAAAGAGUCAAAGUGUCAGCGAGCAGGAUGCGAACCCCCUGACCGCGUUCGAGUCCCGGGCUGGAACUGCGAGGGGGAGAGGAUGUCGGACAUACUGUGCCGGUGGCUCAACCAGGAGCUGCGACUGUCGAAAGCUGUCGAGCCACAGAGUUUUGCCAAGGAUUUUUCCACUGGUUACUUGAUUGGGGAGGUUCUGCAUAAAUAUCAGUUGCAGAAUGAUUUCACUUUGUUCAUGAGGAAAGACACCUCCAUCUCCAAACUAAAUAAUUUUACCCGCCUUGAGCCUACUCUUCAGUUACUGGGGAUCUCUUUCGACAUAAACACAGUUAAGGAACUGAUUAAGGAGAAGCAAGGGGUUGCCACACGCCUCCUUUACCAACUCUACGCCUCACUUGAAAAGAAGAGGAGAACAGAAAUCACCAGGACAAUGAUGGAAAGCAUGCAGCCAGUAGCCAAAGCAAGCCUGCACAAGAAGGAGCACGAAAUCUACUCUGAUCAACUGCACCGGAUGGUGAAACGUGGUGCAGAACUGAAGCUGCAGAAAAUUUCUAGUCACUAUGAGGCCAAAUACGAGCAACGGACUUAUACAUCUGUAAUGACCCUUCCCAUCCAGCCAAGGAGACCACUCAAAGUCCAGGAAGACAAGAAAACACAGAAUAUUGACAAGAUGCUGGUAUGUCGUCAGAAGCACAGCAACAUUCUGCCUUAUAACCAGGCCACUGUGGUCCAGGUACCCAAGCCACCACCUUACACUUCACAGCUCAACCUAAAGAGGAGACGACAGCAGCAGCGCAAACAACAAGCAGAGUCAGUCCAGGCUGAAAUAGCCAAGUUUGAGACAAGCAGAAAGAAACUGGUCAGUUCUGGUUUUACGUCCUCUUCAAGUGGUCAGCCUGGAGUUAUUCCCAUUAGUGGCAGCAGCUAUGGCACUGAGGUUCAUGGAAGUGAACAUAAGCUGAUACUAAAGUCCAACAGCCAGUACAUACAGGACAUCCGACAGAGGCUGGAGGAGAAUGCUGUCUCUCGUGAUCAGAGAGAGAAAAGACGAGACAGAUUCCUGGUGGAGCAGCUCAAGGCCCAUGAAGCUCAAGAGGAAGCACGGAGAGAGGAUCAGUUGGUGAAGCGUCUGACACGUCAGACUCAGCAGGAGCAGCGUUUGGCAUCUCAGCUCCUCAAGUUUCGUAUGCAGAAGGAGGUGAUCCGGCAGAACCGCCUGUUAAGAGAGCAGCAGUGCCAGGAGCGGCGAGAGCGGGACUUCCAGGAGGCUCUGGACAGGGAGGCGACUUUGGCUCAGCAGGCUAAGUUGGACCACGCAGAAGAGAUCAAAAAGGAGCUUGAAUUCCUUGACAGCAUCGCUGCAGAGCGAGCUCAGAGCAGAUACAAGAAGCACUUUAGGGGCUGCAAGGACAUUUUGGAGCAGAUAGUGGACUUGGCCACCAAGGUCGGAGAAUAUCGACUGAUCACUGCGAAUCUGAUUCCAGAUAAGCUGAUAAGAGAGUGGAAGGAAUUGCUGCUCAGUGGUCUUCCUCUCUAUGAGUCAAACAUGGGUCAGAAGCCCGGCAUUGACUUCUCUACCUCACUAGAUUGUGUAGAGCUUGAGAAGCAGGAGAUACUCAACAACCAGGACUAUGAUGAGUACACUAACAUGGUCGGUGAGUGGGCCUGGCCAGAGGAAGCAGGGAGUCCCAGAUCACCCCCGGGCAACAACACCAUUCUUGGACAUGUUGUUCUGCGUCUGAGGCACAUAGUUCAUUCACCCGUCAUGGAAGCCACCUCAACCCCAUUUCCUCACUUUACUCUCAAAGCCUGUGUCCUGGGAAAGUUCUGCUCUGGCAAGUCCUCCUGCCUGGCCAAGAUAGCUGAAGCCAAUGGCAUCUGUGUCUUAUCACCUGACACACUGGUUGAGGAGGUGCUGAAUGCUUAUUAUGAAAAGCAGGCUGCAGAGAAGCAGGGGGCAAAAGUUGAGUUUCGGCCCCAAUCUUCAAAAUCACAGAAAUCUGACAAUGGCACUCAAGAAGAAAAUAAAGGCUGCAGUGAGAGGCUGUCUACACGGGCCAUGCAGGGAGCAGCUGCAGAAAAGGAGCUGAGAAAUGGAAACCCCAUUCCCAAUGAGCUGUUAGUAGAUAUUAUAGUAGAGGCAAUCAGGCAGGUUCCAGCUCAGUCAGGUUGGAUCCUGGAUGGCUUUCCAGUGGACAUUACCCAGGCCUACCUGCUAGAGAAAGCCCUGGGUGGAGCUGUAGACUUAGGGAGUGGGGUGGAGACCAGUAGGAAGGACCUCGUUCUUGAUCCUGAUCCACCCGAACCUUUGCCCCCCCCACACCCUGUGUUAGACCUGGUUCUGCUGCUGGACGUUCCUGAUGAGACUGUGACAACACGUGCAUUCAGUCACUCUGACACGAGCUCCCCUCCCACAGACACAAAUGUGUAUCUGGCACAGAUUCCACACAGGAUCACAGCUUUUCAGGACACCUGGCCAAAACUUGAGAAAUGGUUUGGUGGAAACCAAAAUAUUUUGGUUUGUGUUGAUGCCAAUGUAGAAGAGGAGGAGCUUAACGAGAAGGUGGAGUCCGUCCUGAAGCAGGUUAUGAUGCGGAUUCAUGAAGAACAACCUCAACCCGUCACUGAUGAAGUCAGCAGCCCCGCAGAGUCCUCUUCCAGCCUACACAAGGAAAGAGCCCGAAGUGGGACCUCGCAUCACAAAUCCAGCACCCACUCUUCCAGAGGACACUCCAGGAUCUCAUCAACUUCCACAGAUGGCACAUCUGAAGGUCACAGAGUCCACAAGAGUCACCAUGAAUCUGCCUCAGCCAGCCUGGCUUCAGCCAUCUAUAUCGAUAAACCUCUUCCUGCAGUAAUCUCACAGUACCUUUGCACCCACUGGGAAACAGUGUGUGAUUCUUAUGUCGGCAACAUAAAGACAGUAAUGGAACUGCUGCGCUCACAAAACAAUCUUAUUAGCCAUCAUCUGUUCAACAUCAGAGAGGAGUUCAAGCAUUAUCUGCAGCGUCCAGACAUGAGGCAGGAGUUAGUGUCUCAGUGGCAGAAGGCCUUCAACAGCAUAGCUGAUGAUAUGAGAGAAGAUGAGGAAACGAAAGCAGAGCUACACCUGAGACUCGAUGAACUGCGUGAACGUUUGUGGGACAUCAGUGACCAACGCAAAGCGGAGGAUGAGCAGGAGAGGGCUUCUCUCAUGUAUAACGGCUGGGUGGAGGAAAACACUGCCAUACUCAUCAACCACCAUUCUACACUCAUGCAGGUGGAGUUGGACCGCUUCCAGGAGACCCUCUGUAUUCUGAGGCUCUACUAUGUGUACAUGCACAAACAUCUGGGGCUCGAGCCUCCAUCCCACUUUGUCUGUAUCCCCCUACUGGGCAUCCAAGACGAAAAUGAUCUGGACAAUAGUUCCACCGGUUCUGACCCAGCAGACACAAGUGUGUGUAGUCGGCUGCAUGACGGAGAGGAAAUGAGAAUAACUAAACUUGUUCCCUUCCUCUCCAAAAACCCUGACUCCUCUCAAGGUGCCUCCAAAACAGAAGUCGUGGGCAAGCCAUCGGCUGAGAAACUCAUCUCUGACUACGAGGAGGCACACAGAACCAUCAGCAGAUUGGUGUCAGGAGAAGACCAACAGGUGGAGACAAAAGAGCAGAAGGAGAAACCAGUGGAAAAGGAGAGCGCUAAUGCAAGUACAACCAAAAAGGGGAAAGGAAAGCCACCAGUGAAAGAACCACCACCUCCUGAACCCGCUCAUGCACCACCUCCUGAAGAGAGAAAGUGUCAUGAUCACUCAGUGAGAGACAAAAUACAUAGAGAAUAUUCAACUGCGCUGGAGCACGAGGAGAAUGCAGCAAAGGUUCGACUUGUGCUGGUGAAAGGUCGUGGUCUGUUUGUGGUGCAAAGACUGCAAAGCACGACAGAACAGGUCUUUAGCGACAUGGAGAAGUGGUUAGAAGACCGCUAUCUUUCAGAAAUGAAGAGUAUUGAACAAUUAGGCAAAGUAGUUCGCCAUCACAUUGAGGCUGGUGCUAAGUUGAAGAAUGAGCUGGUGUUGGAAUGUACUGACUUCUAUCUGAAUGGAGACUGCUACAUGGUGGCCAGCCCGACUCCCCCUCCACAUCCACCUCCUCUGGAGAAAUCCACACUGUCCACACCGACCAUCCUGCAGCUGGAGUCACUUCACCAGCAGCUAUGCAACAUUGCUCCCUCAGGCCUCAUGUCCAGUUCUGAGUUUUCCAGUUUUCUCCGGAAUAUCACCUCUGUUAACAUGGGCAGAGACGUCUUGCCUGAGCCCUGGAUCAGCAUGAAUGAAAGACAGCUAUUGGAGAUCGAGUCUAUGUUAGUGGACCAGUGUGACCUCAUAGACUGGGGUCGGUUUCUGCUCAGUGCUGCCCUCCCUUGGCCUUUUCCCUCCCUACCACAGCUGCUGGUUGUGCUAAAACGUUUCAAGGCAGCAGAUACAGGCAACACAGGCUAUAUUAACAGGGAACAGUACCUGCAGACGGAGUUGUGGUUUUCCAGUGAGAGUGUCCAACCUGUACCUGAGGACCCAUCUGAGCCUCUACCUUAUAACCGUCUGGCCAACUUACGCAAGUUCUUUUUCCAGUUGUUUGCGGAUCACUCUUCCUCUCCCCCUCGAUUGGACUAUGGGUCCAUGCUGCAGUACUUUGCAGCCGACCCUAGCCCCCGACAGGGCUUCAUUAGAGCACUGAGCGUGGUGCUGGGACACAAUGUAGGACAACACACCUCACUGGGUCAUCUUGUCGAGUCCCUGCCCAGUAUAGAAGAGGCUACAGAGCUCAGCCCCUCAGAACCCGACGGAGAGGGGCAGGAUACACUGUUUGCAUCGAGCAGUCCACCGGUGGAGCAGGACGUGUCCAUCCCUGCUCUCCUUUCUGUCGUCUGCCACAAAGUCACCAAGAUGAAAGACGGCAGCAAGCUUCCUCCAGGCUGUGUGAGUGAGGAGGAGCACGCUCAGCACCUGGUGGAUCUUUUCAGCGAGCACGGCUACACACCUGAGAGCUGUGUCCCCUUCUCCUUUCUGUCUCAGCAUCCUCUCAUCCAGGUCCUGAUGGAGUCCUCCAUACACCACCAGCUGGUAAACAUUCAUGGAGUGCUGUUGGCCAAUCAGAGUGAAGGCGAGGCUGAGAGCUCUGGAUGA